AUGCAGUGCACAUUGCUCUCAGCAGCAGCAGCUCCACUGCUAGCCCUCCUUCUCGUCGCCACCCUCUUCGCCCCCCUCGCCUCAGCGAUCAAAUUCGACCUCUCCGCAGCCACGCACCCACACACGAAAUGCAUCUGGAACUAUGCGCUCGCCGAUUCGCUCGUCAUUGUCACCGCCUCGGUCGUCGCCAAGGAGCCAUACGACCUCACCACGCAGCGCGUCGACAUUGAAGUCGUCGACGGGAGCAAGCACAACAACGUCUACCUCUCCAAGAAGGGCAUCAAAGGCGAAACGCGGCUUGCGAUCAAUACGCACUCGCACGCCGACCUCGGGGUGUGCUUCAAAAACACUCAGACGACCAAGAGCGGCCACGCGGGAAGCUCGGUGGCUACAAUUGAUCUGGACGUCGACAUCGGCGCGGAUGCGGUCGACUACAACGCCAUUGCCAACCAGGAGAGCUUGAGUGGCCUCGAGACCGAGGUGCGCAAGCUCGAGGCCGUCGCUAACGAGAUCGUCAAUGAGAUGGAGUACUUGAAGAAGCGCGAGUUGCGUAUGGCCGAUACCAAUCUGUCGACCAACAUGCGAGUCACCAACUUUGCCGUACUCACCCUGUUCGCCUUGAUCGCCCUCGGCGUCUGGCAGGUCUUCCACCUCAGAGGCUUCUUCAAACGCAAGUACCUCAUCGAUUAG